GGGUCACAGAUUUCGGUGACCUGCCGGAUGAUGGAAACAUGGCGACAUUCAGAGAGGCGACGCUACAACCACAGAGGGACACACGUAUCGACCCUGCUGUAUGACUUAAACAAAGAAAAAAACAUGUUCCAGUGACGGCUAAAUGACAUGAGUCAGAGGACACACACGUUGUUCCCAUUGAUUAACUAGUUGAUUGCUAGUUAACACGGUCGCUUAAUCAACCGUAACACCAGACCUCGGUAGCUGUCAUUGUUAGCUUAACGCACGGUGGCGUCAGCUAAUGUUAAAUUGGUGCUUUACCACCUUUCCAUUGUCCUUCGAUGUAUUUGCUGUCAGGCCUCUUGUUCAACAUAUGUUACUGACGCAAAGAAAUUGCAUGCUCCACAUUAUCAAUAAAAUCAAAUAGUGCUAACGUUAGGUACGUCGGAACAUGGGUAUGUGGAGCACUUCCGGGGUCAUUGCGUAACUUUCGAAAACAUAACCGUUCCGUCGGCAUAUCCCGUCACGCGCCCCGCAGACCCGUCACCGGCCAGCGCUUCCAUGUACGCUGCGGUGUUGGUAGCCGCUGUUGUCGGCGGAGGCGUACUGCUCCUCAUGCGCCGUGUGUUCCCACGACAGAAAGCCGCACAGCUCCUCCGCUACCCGGCCGACACUAUGCGAGGGAAGACGGUCAUCGUGACGGGGGCUAACUGCGGGAUAGGGAAGGCCCUGGCCGGGGAGCUGCUGAAGCUCCAUGCCCGGGUCAUCAUGGCCUGUCGGGAUCGGCGUGGCGCCGAAGAGGCGGCCGAGGACAUCAGGAAACAAGCCGGAGCAGAGCAGGGGGAGGUGGUCGUCAAACACCUGGACCUCGCUUCACUUAAAUCGGUCCGAGCAUUUUGCGAGGAGAUCAAAGCGGAGGAGUCCAGGAUCGAUGUGCUCAUCAACAAUGCGGGAGUCUACCAGUGUCCCUACACCAAGACAGAGGAGGGUUUUGAAAUGCAGCUCGGUGUGAAUCACCUGGGCCACUUCCUCCUCACCCACCUGCUGCUGGACCUCCUGAAGGCCUCCGCUCCCAGCCGCAUCGUCGUCGUUUCCUCCAAGCUCUACAAGUACGGCAGCAUCAACUUCGAUGACCUGAACAGUGAAACCAAAUACGACAAGGCCUUCUGCUACAGUCAGAGCAAGUUGGCCAACUUGCUGUUCACGCUCCAACUGGCUCGCGAGCUGGAGGGCACGUCGGUCACGGUCAACGCUCUCACCCCGGGCAUCGUGAGGACCAGCCUGGGCAGGCACGUUCAGAUCCCUCUGCUGGCGAAGCCGCUGUUCUACCUCGCCUCGCGGGUCUUUUUCAAGAGUCCGUUGGAGGGGGCCCAGACCCCUCUCUAUCUGGCCUGCUCCCCCGAGGUGGAGGGAGUGUCCGGGAAGUGCUUCGCUAACUGUGAAGAGGAGGAGCUGAUGGCCAAAGCUACGGAUGAGCAAGCAGCCAAGAGGCUGUGGGACCUGAGCGGCAGGAUGGUUGGACUCACUGGAUGAGCACAUUGCUGUAAUGUGGAAUGGCGUGUUUUCUUGGUAAAAAUAAAAUAAAUAAAGUGGCCCCAGACACUGCUCUGAGAUGACUUGUGAGAAACUUCUUGCCACCAAGUAAAUUGAUCUAUCGUGCCAAUGAAUUAUGUACAUUUUUGUGGGUUUGAGCAGAAAAUAUAUUUAAAGCUUUGAAUAAAAACAUGUAAAAAU